AUGCUCAGGGCCGCGUGCAGGCCGCGAUUGAAUGCUCCUGCAUCACUGCUGCUCUCACCUGGCGCCACCCUCCAGCCAAGACACGCUCAGAGCCGGUCAUUUACUGGUGGCCAACUCCUGACAGGAGUUCAGACCGGCUUUGAGGCGGGCCUCCAGACGGCUCAGCAUGUCAUCGUCUCCUUCCACGGUGCCAGCGGUCUGUCCUGGGCCAUCACAAUCCCUCUGGUGGCCCUGGGCGUGAACCUCCUUUUCCGGCUCCCUUUCACAGCGCACAGCGACCUGCUUGCGCACCGCCGCUCCAAGGCUGUGCCGGUGUUGCAAGCGUGGCAGGCUCGUCUUUUGCGGGAGGCCGUCCGGGAGAAGGUGCCCUCGGACAAGAUCAAGGAUGUUGUCACCAAACGCACGGAACGCGAAACCAGGAGAUUGUAUGCCGCACUGGGUCUGCAAUCGUGGAAGCUGUGGACCGUUUUGAUGGGCGUGCCGGGCUGGAUGAUGAGUCUCGGGGCCAUCAGACGGCUUUGCACGGGGGCAGGGGCUGCAGACCCGGCCGGCGCUGUAGCUACCGGCUCUGCUGCUCUGGGCCCGGCCGACCACGCCGCAUCAGUCUCAGCCCUGGCCGAUGCUGCAUCGCACACUGCCCAGUCGACAUUUGCUGCCGAAGGGAUGCUCUGGUUCACGGACCUCACCGCUGCUGACCCCUACUAUAUCCUUCCGUUCUGCUUUGCCGCAUUGACUGCCGUCAACGCGUGGCCGCAAAACAAGUCAACACGCGAGACGCUCUUCCCACGACUCAACCGCCUCCUGACAAGGUCACCAGCAGGAGAGUCUCAGCCGGAAACCUCGCCGGAGCCAAAGUCUGUGGCUGUAUCGGCGGUUGGAGGGUGGCGCGGGAAUAUGACCAAGUUUCUGGUGUUUGGAUCCCCCAUGUUGGGCAUCUUGACGGCGUCUUUCCCCGCUGCCAUGCAUCUGUACACCAUCACCUCGGCAUCGUCGACUCUGGUAGCCAAGCACAUCCUGUCGAGGUUCUUUGUGACGAAUGGCGGAGUAGAGGUAUGCAAGCACAGAGAGAUCCCCGUCAUCCGGCCCAAAAUCCCCAGGAAACCGAUGCCAGAAGGGAGUGGCGUAAAACCUUUGGCAUCGUAG